AUGCCCGCUCCACGUAAAUCUUCAAUCACUUCUGAUGAAUAUAUGGAAAUACGAAGACAACAAAAUAAAGACGCACAAAGGAGAUGGAGAGAAAAGAAACGAAUAGAAAAAGAAGCAGAAGAAGAAAUAUCAAGAUCAAAAGUACAUUCAACACAUAAAAAGGUACAAAAAGAAAGAUCUAGAAAUGCAAGCACUUCAACUGGCGGAAGUAGCCCAAAACAAGUCGCUACAAUAGAUAUGCAACAACAUACAUCCUCACCACAGCCGGGCUAUCACUCCUCUAAUGCUCCACAUCCCGCCUAUGCUCCUGCCUUUCAACAUUCAAUGCUAAUCGAGCCACCAUACAGAAGAACAUCACUUGCACCUCCUUUCGAUCCAAUGCUAGGCAGAAGACUUUUAAUAGCAUCACAACAUCCAACAUUCAAUUUAGCUAAUUUGAGCUGGUCAGAAGUGAUUGCAUUGGCUUACCAACAGUCACCAAACCAAGAAGGUACUUCUCCCGGUCUCACUUUACCUUUUUCCAAUUUUGCACAAGCAUUUGUUGAGAAUGCUAGAAUGGUGGGAAUGGAUGUAGGAUAUGCAUGUGAUCCUUCUUCUUCCAGUUUCAUUUCUCAGGAUUGCGCAAAAUAUCAAUCGGACAAACGAUUUGGCGAUAUGAGAAGGAGAAAUUCCAUGGUUGGCCCACAUUCGAACGGAUUGCGAAAAAGAGCCGAAUCCAAUGCAUCUUCAUCUUCAUCUGCUCAUUCACCGAGAAAUGGUUUUGGCGAGAAUGGUUUCACUCAUUUACCACCUCCUUCUACUUUGAUGGAUAAAAGAUUACGUUGGGAAAACAUCCCCUUAAACAUGCAUCCAACAGAAGCACAAUUACGCAUAGAUCAUCAUCCUUUCAUCGAUAUCGCAUUUCCUUGGCCUUCGAUGCGAGAAAAGAUAUUAACAAUGUUGGCAAGCUCAAUAAUAGAUGAAGGCGAUCUAUGUGACGAUUGCUUUCAAUCAGGUCUACCUGGAAAUCCUAAUCAAGAACCAGCAUUCUUGAUUUGGGGAACGGAUUAUUCUGAUCCAUUCGCUUGGGAAGUUGGAGAAAAGUUUGCGCAAAAAUGGUGGUUUUUACUGGAUGAGGAAAUCAUUUAUCGCUCUAAUUGGUGGAGAAAGCAAAGAGGAUUACCCGCUCUUCAAAGAGGAGAGCGAAAGGCAAGGUUGUUAUAA